AUGGACCGAGGCGAGAUCCUUGCUGCAGGUAGCACCUCAGCUAAUUCACCUGAUCUUUGCAAUUUACCCUUACCCUCCUCUCCUUCGUUGUCGCUCCUGAAAAGUUCAAUUAAACUUGGAACUCAUUCAUCUCAUUUGAACAACAACAAUCACCAAAUUCUAAUGACAAACUUACGCCGCCCGCGAUCCUCAGAUACUUUCGGUGAAGCUGUCUUUCUCGAGAGUCGUACUCAUUCCCUGACGACCUCUUCAAUCUCAUCGUUGACGAUGAACCAAUCAUCGAAUAUCUCCAUACUACCAUUACCAGAAAAAGACAUUGGACAACAAGAACAGCGGGAAGAACGAUACGAAAGAGAAUUUAUCAAGUUUGUUGGUGGAAAUUAUGAAGGACCCAGUGGUUGGCAUGAUUCCAACGAUCAUCACAUUGCGAAUGACUUCAGAAAUAGUGAAAUCAUAAUUUACUCGCACUUGGAUCCCGCGCAAGACUUUUACGUUAAUGCAGAAAAAAGAAACAGAACCUCCCAACAUUCUCACUCCAAUUCUUACACCUCUGAUAAUCUCUAUCACGAUUCUCCUGAAUUGGGUGUGGCAUUGUCGAGUAGCGGGUCUAGAAAUUUGACCAGGGUCGAUUCUCUGACUUUACCUGCGUCCAAUUUGAUCCCACCCCUGUUCGUGAAUUCGAUGAGAAAUAAAAUUAAUUUCGGUGAUGGUCCGAAUAGCAUGACUAGCGAUUUCGAAGAUGAGAUUCAAGAAUCCAAUGUGAGCAUUUCACUUCCGACCUCCCGGAAAUAUUCGCCGACUAAUUUCUACAAUGGCGAUAAUUCCAUUAUUUCAAAUGAACCUUCCUCCAAAAAUUCCCUAGAGAGUAAUGUGUUAACUAACAAAUCAUCAAAAGUCAAAGUUAUCAUUAAUACGAAGAAAGCCCCCGUGAUUGGCCUAUUAAUAGUCUUCUCGAUGAUGGGAGCCCUCAUCAGAUUAGCGCUGGUCUCAUUGGAAACAUACGAUGGACAACAGGUAUUCGCCGAGACUUACCCGCAGAUCGUUGGAUGUUGUAUCAUGGGAUUUAUAAAUGCUCGCCAGGUUCAACUGGUUGAAACAUAUUUCCCAAUGACGUUCGCCUUAGGCACGGGUCUCUGCGGUUCCAUAACAUCUUUCAGCGACUUUACGCUAGUCAUAUUUGAAACCAUCAUUGGAUAUUCGAAUGCUGAUUCUAUAAGGUCCAAGGUUCUGACCACGCUGUCACACAUCGUAUUGACGACCGGGAUGUCAUUUAUUGCCUUCGAAUUCGGUGAACAUCUUGCGAACAUUCUUUGGCCCUUACCAUCCCUUUCAUCGGCAAACUCACCCGCUUCACUUGUCUCACCGUCAUGCCCAGCGCACUCCUCCAGAAGAUUUACUCUCACCUCUAUCUCUCGUUUUCAUUCUGAUUCCUUCAAACCCUUUCGCGUUGACACCAACAUCGCUCAAUUUGACCCACCCAACAGACGUUAUGUGAUCACUUCAAAUUCGUGGUCGUUUCGUAAUCUCACGCUAAUCGAUUACACAUUCUUCAUCUUCGGUCUGUCGCUAUAUGUUUUCGUCCUCUUUUCUAUAAUCUAUUCUUACUUCUCUCAGAUAUUUGUGAGCACCCGAGAACUUUCCAUAACGCUGGCCCUCGCACCACUAGGAACAUUCUUGAGAUUAGCAAUGUCAUCGAUGUUAAAUUCACAAAAAAAAAGUUUUCCGAUGGGAACAUUUGCGGCAAACAUGUUAGGAUGCAUUGUAGUUGGUAUAAUUAUAUUUUUGCGUGGGACUACAGGGAGUGACGAUGAGGCCGUAAGAAGUGGAAGUGAAAUAAUUCGUAAGAGUAUAUUGCGCGUAGGAAACAAAGUUAGCUUGACCAAUAAUAAUAUCAGAACGAGUAUAAUGGGCAGGUUAAAUAUGAAGACGCAUGAGAUAAGGUUUGGUAGCGGUAUAACGGAAGUUUGGAACAUUCCCGAAGCAGGAAACGUCGAAACCUGGUGUCAGGUGAUUGAUGGAGUUGUAAAUGGGUUUUGCGGUUGUCUAACUACCGGCUCAGCAAUCAUUUAUGAAUUACGCGUAUCGCGCAAAUCCUAUGUAUACGGGCUUGUUACCCUAAUUUGCGGGACGGCAGCGAUGACUCUAAUGUGGAAGAAUGGGAUAGUUGGAGCUGCAGAUGUAUUGCAUUUCUGGAAAAUUGCAAAAAUUUCAUCUUGCAAUAAAAACAUACCAAUAUUC